GAGGGAGCAGGCAGGAUGGUAAGGAGAAGCCUGAGACAGAAGCUGCAAAAAUUCACUGGGCUGUGCCAACAGGAGGAGGGGCUCGGGGUGAAGCGGAGCUGCCCUUCUUGUGGCCCAGAGCUUGGGGUUGAAGAGAAGAAGGGGAGAGGAAACCCUAUUUCUGUUCAAUUGUUCCCCCCAGAGCUGGUGGAGCAUAUCAUCUCAUUCCUCCCAGUCAGAGACUUAGUCGCCCUAGGCCAGACCUGCCGCUACUUCCACAAAGUGUGCGAUGCUGAGGGCGUGUGGAGAUGCGUCUGUCGCAGGCUCUGUCCGCGCCUCCGAGAGCAGGGUUCUGGGGUCCGGCCCUGGAAGAGAGCUGCCAUUCUUAACUACACGAAGGGCCUGUAUUUCCAGGCAUUUGGAGGCCGCCGCCGAUGUCUCAGCAAGAGCGUAGCCCCCCUGCUAGCCCAUGGCUACCGCCGCUUCUUGCCCACCAAGGACCACGUAUUCAUUCUCGACUAUGUAGGGACCCUCUUCUUCCUCAAAAACGCCCUGGUCUCCUCCACCCUUGGCCAGAUCCAAUGGAAGCGGGCCUGCCGCUAUGUUGUGUUGUGUCGUGGAGCCAAGGAUUUUGCCUCGGACCCAAGAUGUGACACAGUUUACCGUAAAUACCUCUACGUCUUGGCUACUCGGGAGCAGCCAGGAGUGGUAGGCACAACCGGCAGUCGGGCAUGCGACUGUGUUGAGGUCUAUCUGCAGUCCAGUGGGCAGCGGGUCUUCAAGAUGACAUUCCAUCACUCCAUGAGUUUCAAACAGAUUGUGCUGGUUGGUCAGGAGACCCAGCGGGCUCUACUGCUCCUCACAGAGGAAGGAAAGAUCUACUCUUUAGUAGUGAAUGAGACCCAGUUGGACCAGCCACGCUCCUACACAGUUCAGUUGGCCCAGAGGAAGGUGUCUUGUUGCCUGCCUCACCUGAGUGUGGCCUGCAUGGCUUCCAACCAGAGCAGUACCCUCUAUAUCACAGACCAGGGGGGAGUAUAUUUUGAGGUGCAUACCCCAGGGGUGUAUCGUGAUCUCUUUGGGACCCUUCAAGCCUUUGACCCCCUGGACCAGCAGAUGCCACUUGCCCUCUCACUGCCUGCCAAGAUCCUAUUUUGUGCUCUUGGCUACAAUCAUGUUGGCCUGGUGGAUGAAUUUGGCCGAAUCUUUAUGCAGGGAAAUAACAGAUAUGGGCAGCUGGGAACAGGGGACAAAAUGGACCGUGGGGAACCCACACAGGUACAUUAUCUGCAACGCCCUGUUGCCCUGUGGUGUGGCCUCAACCACUCCCUGGUGCUGAGCCAAGGCUCGGACUUCAGCAAGGAGCUGUUGGGCUGUGGCUGUGGGGCUGGAGGCCGCCUGCCCGGCUGGCCUAAGGGAAGUGCCUCCUUCGUCAAGCUCGACAUCAAGGUCCCUUUGUGUGCCUGCUCUCUCUGCUCCACCAGAGAAUGCCUCUACAUGCUGUCCAGCCACGACAUUGAGCACCAUCCUGCUUAUCGGGACCUGCCAGCCAGCAGGGUGGUGGGGAAUCCUGAGCCCAGCCUGGGGGCCGGAGCACCUGGGGAGGUGGCCUGGGCCUGUGAGGAGUAUCUAAGCCAGAUCCACAGUUGCUCCACAUUGCAGGACCGCAUGGAAAAGAUGAAGGAGAUCGUGGGCUGGAUGCCCUUGACGGCUGCACAGAAGGAUUUCUUCUUGGAGGCCCUGGACAUGCUGCAGAGGGCUGCUGGAGGAGUUGACCCAGGCUCCCCGACCCCUGAGAGCUGA